GGGAGGAAGCAGGUCUUCUGGUCUGAUGGCACGAAAGUUGGACGCUGGUACAAGAGUGCUUUCCAACCGGACUUCAAAACUCCCUUCAGCUGCUGAUUUUACGUUAGCAUCUGGUCGAUGAUAUUUAUCCUUUUAUACAACGGGCAGUGAGUGGCUCUCUUUGACUGCGACGCACAGCAGUUGCUUCUUCAAGGAGCUCGUGUCUUCAGAGGAAACAUGGCUUUCUUUGAGGAUCUCCAAUGUCCUGCCUGCUUCAACAUCUUUGAAGAUCCUGUCAUGCUGCCGUGCAGCCACAGCUUCUGUCGCUCGUGUGUAAAGAAAUGGUGGAAGGGGAAAGAGGUCCGUUCAUGUCUUGUCUGUAUGGUGGAGUAUAGAUCCAAAAAAUUAACUCCAAACUUGGUUCUGAGGAACGUGUGUGAAGCUUUUCUUAUGGAAUCCGAGGCCAGGUGCAGGUUGCACGAUGAGAAACUGAAACUCUUCUGUUUGGACCAUCAGCAGCCUGUGUGCCUCGUCUGCAGAGAUGCAAAAAUCCAUGCUAACCACAAGUUCUCUCCUAUCGGUGAAGUUGCAAAGGAUCACAGAGAGGAUCUCCAGAAAGACCUGCAGGCCAUGCAGAUAACGCUGGAAGAGUUAAGUAAGUGUAAAGACACCUUCAUUAAACAAGCUGAGAACUUCAAGCUACAGAGGUUCCUGACUGAGAGUGAGAUUAAGAUAAAGUUUAUGGAGCUUCACAACGUUCUGCAGGAGGAGGAGGAGGCCAGGUUGUCUGCUGUGAGAGAGGAAAAGCAGCAAAAGAGUCAGAUCAUCAAAGAGAAACUUGUGGAACUCAGCAGAGACAUUGAAGCUCUCUCAGACGUGAUCAAGAGCACAGAGAAGCAGCUGGCAGCUGACGACAUUUCCUUCAUGAACAACUACAAGGACGUGAAGACCAGAGUCCAGCAGCUGCCUGAGGAGUCCAAGCUGCUCCCAGGACCUCUGCUGGACAUGGACAAACAUCUGGACAAGCUCAAGUUCACCGUGUGGGGAAAACUUAAGGAGAUGCUCUUCCCCAGUCCGGCCCUACUCAACAUCAAUCCAGUACUCAAUCAGAAGAUAAGCAGAGGAUGGCAUCCUCUCAACUUAAACAAGUGGUUUGCUGGUAUGGAUGCUGCUAGUUUGGAAGUGACACACGUCUGGAAUAUUGAGGUGGGAGACAACAAGGUCUGGGAAGUGGGGGUGCUGAUUAAAGGGCGUCACAAAGCGUAUAAAUGUGGCAUUAGAUUUAGAGAUGGGAAAUACCAAAGGUUUAGUCCACGAGGUGAAUCCUUGGAUCUGUACGUCAAGGACAAACUGCAGAGGAUCAGAUUUUGUGUGGACGCGGACAAAGGAAGACUUUCAUUCCAUGAUCAUCUUACCAACACUCAAGUAGACACAUAUGACAUUCCUUGGAGGUGGUUGUCUGUCAGCAGUAAAGAACUGUACCCUUACUUCAGCACAAAGGAUGACAUCCCUCUGAAAAUGCUGGCAAAAUAACUAGUAAAACAUCAGUGAUGUUCUGCUUUUCCACAAAUAUGGAAGUACACUGUAAAUGAACACUGGGAAAUGACACACCAUAGAAGAAGACACCAUCAUGAACAUGUCAUGUGACUUUCCUCAUGUAAACUUGUGUUUUCAGUGAUGAAUCUAUCCAUGAUGCUUUGAUAUUUCCUUCAUUGCAAGAGAUGCUGUUGUACACGCAACAAAAAUGUAAACGCAACACUUUUGUUUUUGCUCCCAUUUUUUAUGAGAUGAACUCAAAGAUCUAAAACUUUUUCGACAUCCACAAUAUCACCAUUCCUCUCAAAUAUUAGUGACAAAUGUGUCUAAAUGUGUGACAGUGAGCACUUCUCCGUUGCUGAGAUCAUCCAUCACACCUCACAGGUGUGCCAUAUCAAGAUGCUGAUUAGGCACCAUGAUGAGUGCACAGGUGUGCCUUAGACUGCCCACAACAAAAGGCCACUCUGA